UGGGAUUUGCUCUCAAGUAAAUGUGCAUUUUCAGUCUAAAUAAGAAAAGAUCGUUUCAUUUGUUUCACAUUGUCCUUAAGGACCUCAAACUAAUGAAUAUUAGUUUAUCUAUCUGGAACAGCAGCAGCAGCAACAACAACAGCAUAAGUAUUCUGUACUAAAAAUGUUACCUAUACUAUUAACUAAAUGGUUCUCUUAUUCCUUAUAGAAGCCACAGCCUAUCGUGGAACAGCCAGGAUUACAAAUAAAAAGUACAUACCUCAAUUCAGCAACAAAUCAAGUACAGAGUUUCAGGAGCUUCAAAAAAAUGUCACCGAAGAGAUAAUAAACAAUUUGCCGCCUUCGUUGAGAGCAUUAAUAGAUUCUGGGAAAAUGCGUAUAACCAUAACUGAGAUUACAAGCGGCAGUGUGAUUGUGACCUUCAUCAUCGAGAUGGUUCCAGAUAGAAAUAUAGCACACGAUGAGGUUGAAAGGGCUGUAAUCGAAGCCUUAAACAAAAGCAGACAUCUGGAUGUAGACCUCACUCAGACUUCCAUAGAAGUAAUCCCUGCCUGUCAGCCAGACAACAAUGGCUGUUCUGAAUUUGCCUAUUGCAUCCCCCAAAGCACAAAUUAUUCAUGUGAAUGUAAGCCGGGAUUUUUGGAUCUGAGUCCCCAGGUGCCAGGAAGACAAUGCGAAGAUAUAAAUGAAUGCAAGGGAAAUAACGCCUGUUCCAAGUUGGCUGUGUGUGAGAACACUAUUGGCAGCUAUAAAUGUCAAUGUUAUCCAGGCAUAAUGGAUCUGAAUACAAGUAAUCCUGGAACAGAGUGUCAAGACCCCAUCUUGUGUCUGAACAUGCCUGAUAUUUGCUUGCAAUCCACUGUGUGUCUUUCCUUACGACAUUACAUCUGUUCAAGCAGACAAGCAUUUGCUUGCAGAAUUUUAUUCAAAACCCAGAGUUUUACACCUGACCUUUAUAAUCCAGAAAGUGAGAUCUAUAAGAAUAUGUCUAACAAAAUCAGAACAACUGUUUCUAAAGGAAUGAUAAUGAAGCUCGGAGAUGACAACUUUAAUAUCAAAAUGGUGGGAUACCAAGCUGGAAGUGUGGAUGCAUAUUUUGCAUUUCUCCUGCAAGGACAAAAGUGGAUUGGAACAAAAAAUUUUACAGACUAUUUAACAGAAGUAGUAACAAAAAUGCUUGAUAACAAGACUGCUGUAACAGUAACAGCAAUUGCCACAUCCCAGCAAGUGGAAGAUCUGAAACCAAGGGAAGACAAUUCAGCCUGGAAAACAGGAGUCAUUGUCCUUGCGGUGCUCUUUAGCAUUGCAUUGAUAUCUAUUGUGGUGAUGGUCACAGUAUGGCUUUAUAUGAAGAAAAAAAUGGGCAAAUAUAUUAUCGAACCUCAAGGACCCAUGGGAAAGUUUGCCUUUCAGAACUUGUGAGUGUCUCAGUUGCCUCCCAACUGUGGCAUAUUUUAACUCUGAAGUUUGCAUGGUUAUUAGAA